GUGCCAUCCACCACCAGUCUGGCUUCAAGACCGGAAUGUUAAGUGAUAUAUUUAGAAGCUGUCGAUUAAACAAACUAUUUGAGAUCCAAGCUGACCCGUGCGUAAUUACGCGCCGGUAUACUCUAAAAUUUAGACUGCAGAGAGCGAAAACAUAAUUUCUUUAAUGACUACUAUCUAAUCAACUGAAAGAGAGGGACUUCAUUCACAUGCGAGGUGGACGCAGAGGGAUGUCACAUGUGCCAAUUAUAGAAUUUAAAUAAAGGGGUGACACAACCUAUUGGCCACACCUCCACUGUUUAAAUCCACUCAAUGAGGGACACAAGAAGAAGAAGAAGAAGUAAGACAUAACAGGACCUGGAGGAGAAGCAGAAGAAGUUUAUCUACUUCAGUGGCCGAUGAAAAUGAUUCUGUGGGUUGCUUUGUUGAUGUCUCACUGUUGUUUGGGUCUGAAUGGAGCUGCAGCAGAAAGCAGAGGACUGGAGACGAUACAGAAAUGUGGCACCAGGUGUUCUCGGGGUCUUCACUGCACAACGAAGCCAGAUUCUUUGUUUUCCCCUCCGUGUCAGAACCCGCCUGAAGGUCUCAACACCUCCUCCGUGUUCCACAACAUCAGCCUCUCCACGGUCAUGAGGUGUGAAGGGAGGCAGCAGUGUUCACUACACCUCAGAAUCAAAACCCAGUUACAACUUACCGAGGCCAUCCAUGGGGUGUCCAUAUGUACUGUCACUGCAGGGAUGAUGGCGAACUGCCGCAUCCUCGGCUUCAAAAGAUCAUCGAGAGAAAGAAUGUCUGGACAGCAGGUGGAAGUUGAGAAUGAUUGCACUGACAUUUCUGUCAGCCAACGAUCCCAAGUCAUCUUGAAAACUGUGCCAAACUACUGUGGCGUGACCUGGACAGACACCUAUCAAGCUCCAGAAUGUGUCAAUGAAGAUUUGCGAAGACAUGUCCCGGAAUGCAUCACUGGGAGGUUGUCAUACGAUGUAAACUCAAAGACGAACGAGCUGAACGUCAGUGUGUCAGACAUGCUGGAAGAUCACAACUACCACCUCCGUCUGUGCCUCAAGCAUUUCAUCUGUGCUGGCACAGGGGCCAAUAAACUGAUUAAGAAGGAGGAACCCGUCAAAAGUGCCAUUCUUCCUUACUCCCGACCUUUGCCCUGCCUCUGCAUCGAGGGAUGGUCAACAGUGAUGGAUGCCCCCAGAGUCCAGGUCUGCCCCUUCAAAGACCGUCUGGAGGAGCUGUGGUUUGGAAUUAACUUUGACCCACUGGAGGGGACGUUAUCAUGGGAGCCCACCUGUCCUGUAAGAGCUGUGGUUGCGUUGUGUCAGAAAAGAGAAGACGGCGUCUGUGUGGAUCUGCCUCACGCCUCUCAGAACAUUAGCAGAAAAAAGAUAACAUUUAGUCAAGUGGAUCCCCACUCUCAACUGUGCAUGAAGUUCACUGCAGACUCUAAGUCCUGGACCAGGUGCCCCUUUGCUGAUGCCAAAUUCCAAGCAUGGGAGGUGGUUGUCACGAAAAAAGAGGGUCAUGAAGACGUGACGAUGUCGUCACAGAUCAAUGCAACGUUUUCCGUGGGGCUGUGCGUGAAGUCUGAAGAGUCGUCUGAGUGCCGCGUCACCAAAACGCACAUCAUGCAUGUGGAGAAACAUAAAUCCGUUGGCUUGAAGCUGGCAGAGGAACUGUGCAGCUCUUGUCUACAGGUGAAGAGACUUGAUGUGAAGUUUGCUGCUACCAUCACUCACUGUCUUGGGCAAUGUAAUGACUCAGCAGAACCCAGACCUGUCAUUUCCAUUCGAGCCUCCAUGGACUUGACCUGGAUUGUUGUCCCAGCAGGUGUCUGCCUGUCUGCCAUCAUAAUUAUUGCUUUGUUUCUUCAAGUGCAUCAGAGGAGGAAGCAAAAAAGAAAUGGCUGUAGCUCUGAAAAGCAAACAGAUCCUUCUCUUGACUGCGUGGUCUCUGCAUUCCAAACUAAACCUGCUCUCCAUGGAGGUGUACUCAUACCCGAUUCACCGCUAUGUGAGGACACUGAGAGGGCCAACCUAAUCUCUGACUGACCAAAGAACAGUUCUCUGGUCAUAAAGCAUUCCUUGUAAUGUGCAGUAAAAUACUGCACACAUGUUACACAAGCAAGUUCUCUGUUGAGUGCAGACAAUGUUGGGACGGAUACUGUAUUUCAAAUGCUGUUGAUGUUAUGUUACUGUAUAUGCUGUUUAGUGUGCUUGUUUUAGUUACUGACUGUUGUUUAUGUAUUCUGUGUCUCUAAGUGAACAUGUCUUGUGUAUUAAGUUAAAAUAUUCAUUCAGCUUGCAGCUAAACAGUCAGUUCCCUUAAUUUAAAAUUAUAUUUUCAAUAAAAAAUGCGAAAUGUGGAAGAAAACCUCCAGUCUGAACUUUAUGUUGAACUUAAAUGUAGGGAAGUAAUGGUUCACUUCUUUUUAGCUCAGAAUUGUCCAUGGUUUUAAUUGUAAUGAAGUUUAAACAUUUUCUUAUCUAAUUUUCCUCUUACUGGAAGCAAACAAUAGUAAAGCCAAUCCUUGAAUUUCGUAAUUUGAGGUGUAAGGUCACUUGGCCUGCAGUUAUCUGAUGACACAAAGGCCACAGUAUAUCUUUUAACAUUUCUAAAAAAUCUUGUAUUUAAUGAACUGUAUACCUACACACUGUGUUGCAUAAACCUCAUUGUUAUAUAACUUACAGCCUUGAGCACAACGUGACAACAAACAUCAAGCUACAAAGAAAAAUAAAGAAGGAAAAGCGA